CCUCCUAUGGCUGCUGUCCGACACGCUCCCAUGAACGGUGCGACACAAGCGCAUCCUUCAAGGCGGGAUAAUCACUCGGUUUCGUCAACCCAUUCGGCGUCCAGGGGCGACCGUGAAGGCAGGAGAAGAGGGAAUCCUGCUGUAGAGUCGGCAGUGACUCGUUUGCUUGUGUCAAUAAAACAACUUUUGGAGUCCCUCACGUUAUGGAGCACACAACAGCUGACAGAGACGCAGGUUAGCGACGUGUAUGUCAGGUUGGGAAACGAUUUCAAUGCAGCCGUGGCUGCGUUCAAUGCAUUCCGCAUCGAUAUGACCGAUUUAGCAACUGUGCCGGAUGAUCUACGCGGUGUGCUGGAAACAUGCCUAGCCGAGGAUGCGACUCCGGAAAAUCUGGACCAGUAUCUACCGCAGGUACGCGCUAUCAUCACAAAUCUACUGCAAGGGCUCCGCGGGAAGCAGUCCAUAUACCGGCGCAUCGUUCAGGACCACCGGCACGGCUCCUCGCAGUCCUCCUCGAGCCACGGUCAUGAACGUACGGAGAGCCGAUCCUCGCGAUCAGAUCGCUCGUCACACAGAGAAGACGAGGCGGUAGCGGCAGCGGCAGCGCGGAUCCAGCACUCUCGCAGCCUACCGAACGGCGAUGGCGAGCGAAAACCGGAUGCCGUUGCGCGGCGGAGCGCGACUUCGUCGUCACGGAGAAAGCAAGCUGCCUCGACGCUCUCGCAGCCGCCCGCUACCGCCGACAGUGACGAGCCUUUCGUCGGCGGAUUUGCCCCACCGGCACCUGGGCCCGAAUCUGACUUGCCCAGCCUGCCGCCUCAGCCGGACAGGGCUUCAGCCCCGGUUCAGUCUGCGCCGCAGAGGAGAACACAACCGUCCACGAACAGCUUACCGCCUCUCCCCGCUGCCCCGCCAGAGGAGCGCAAAUCCCUAAACGGAACUCCCAAACCACCAGAGCAGGCCACGGCGGAAGAAGAGCGCCCCGAAACUCCGUCCUCCCCUCCCCCCUCCCAGCAAGCCCCCGCACACAUGAAGCGAUACUCACUCGUGGACAAACCGAUGCCGCCCUCGGUCGUCAUCGACGAAGUGUCCACCCCUUCACCUUCCGAAGACGUGCAAAUGGCCUCGCGGCAGGGCGCAACGGGCACCCCACCUCCCUUCGACUCGCCCCCGCUCGAGCCGACUCCCGCCGUCGCCUCUUCACUCGCGGCACUGCAGAAGAGCGACGCGCUUGAGCGGCGUGCGAGCAAGCGAUUCUCUUCGUACAACAUCAACAAGAUGACGGGGGCGAAGUCGCUUGGGGGCGCGGGCAACCGACGUUCAAUGGCGGUUGGCUCGGCGCUCACGCCCGGCGAGCUCGCGGUGCUUACGGAGGAGGGGGAAGAGGAGCAAGCGCUGGAACCGAGUACAGGAAGCUUUAGGAGGAGGUCGAGGGCGUAUCGAGGGGGAACGUCGCCGAUUGCGGAGGAACCGCCUGCGCCGCCUGUACCGCCGCUGCCAUCUUCGACUGCGCCCACUCCGGAGCCAGGUCCGUCGGGUGAGCGUGGGGAAAGCCCAGGCGAACUGGAGCAGGCCGCCAAGAAGGAGGGUGAGCAGGGGAGGUCGUCCAGGUCUUUCCCUGUUUUCUUGCAGCUCGGGCGAGAGGUCAAGAAGGUGAAGAUCGAGCCGGGGUUAUCGUUCUCAUCCUUGAGAGUCCUGUUCGUAGACAAGUUCUCGUAUAACCCGGGCCUGGAGAAUUUUCCUGCGAUAUACAUCCGGGAUCCGUCCAGUGGGGUGCAAUAUGAGUUAGAGGACGUGGACGAGGUCAAAGAGAACUGCCUGCUGUCCCUAAACAUCGAACCUCUUGACCAAAUCAAACAGCAUAUAGAUGCUCAAAUUACCACGCUAUCGCAAGAUAUCAAGGAUCUGCGAUCGCUGGUUAGCAGUAACCGGCGGAUGUCGCAUCCGCCCCCCAUGAUCAUUGGCCAGCCGCUAGGCGAGAGUACACCACCACCCAACCGUCCUACGGACCGUCAAUUCCAGCACGUCGCCCGCAGACUGUCUCGUCUGGUGAAUAACGACGACAACACGCUCACGCCCGAUGCGAUGCAGGCAAAUAUGACUGGUCAGUCAGUGAUGCCGCAGGUCACGGGCGGGUCUGUCCUCUCAGAGUACUCAAACCGCGUGGUUGCCGAUCUUAAGACGCAAUUCGACGAAGUGCAGAAUCUCCGGCGGGACUUGGGCAUUAUGCGGCAACUCUACGCGGAGUUCAUGAAACAGACGAAGGAGUCGCUGGGUACACUCCGCACGCAGACCGCGAACGUGCGGCAGCUCGCGGCGGCCAAGGUCGGCGGCGCGCGGCAGUACAUCGACGACGGGAAGACAAAGUUGGACAUGCGCUCGCAGAACGUGCUGACGAAGAUGGAGGAGCUACAGGACCUGGUCGAGAACGUCAAGGACGAUGUGCUGAAGCGGCACGUCACGCCGAAGCCGCAGGUGCUGCGUGCGAUCAAGGACGACGUCGACCGCGUGAGCGCGGAGCUUGAGAGCCUGCGCGAGCACAUCGGGACGAUCAAACCGAUGUGGAAGAAGACGUGGGAGGAGGAGCUGCAGAACAUCGUCGAGGAGCAGGGCUUCCUGAACCACCAGGAAGAGUUCCUGAACGACCUGCUCGAGGACCAGAAGGCGGUGCUGGAGGUGUACGGGCACAUCGAGAAGGUGAUCUCGCUGCGAGGGACGGGGCGCCCCGGCUCUCGCGGGCGGCUGCGGCCUGUGAAUGGCGGCGUGGGGUUCAUGCCGCCGCCCGCGGAGGAGGGGCACAACGGCCUGUCCACGGUUAUGCUCGAGAUUCGGAACGCGAGCGUGGACCCCGAGCGGCGGCUGAAGGCGAUCGAGGCAAGCCAGAAGAACCGCGAGCGGGAACUGGCGAAGAAGGGGGACGAGUUUGAGGAGGAGCUGAAGGGGUUCGUGAAGGGCGGGAAGCUGCGGAUGACGGGUGGGGCAGAGGAAGCGGAGCGGGUAAGGAAGAGGAGGGAUGAGAUGGCAUUAAAGGCCAUGUUCUCUGGAGGCUCGGCGGGGCCCAGUGCCAGCGGGUCGGGUGGGGAGUCGUGA